GAAAGAUAAUCAGAAUUCAACCAAUAUAAUUAAAUGGGCAUGCCUUCAUGGAAGUAUACCAACUGGGUUUCCAUUCUUUUUCUUGUUUUCGCGCUCUUGUAUUUUUACAUGUACCCAUCUCCAUCUUCUUCCUCCAAAAUGGCUUCUGAACACUCUCCAAAGUCCAUUUAUGACUUCACUGUAAAGGAUAUUCGUGGAAAUGAUGUGAGUCUUAGUGAUUACAGAGGCAAGGUUCUCUUGAUUGUAAACGUUGCUUCCAAAUGUGGUUUAACUCAGUCGAACUACAAGGAGUUGAAUGUUUUAUACGAAAACUACAAAAACAAAGGGCUUGAAAUCUUAGCCUUUCCUUGCAAUCAGUUUGCUGGACAAGAGCCAGGAAACAAUGAGGAGAUCCAGGAAGUAGUAUGCACAAUGUUCAAAGCUGAGUUCCCAAUCUUUGAUAAGAUUGAUGUGAAUGGGAAAAACACAGCACCCCUCUUCAAGUUUCUAAAAUCAGAGAAAGGUGGAUACUUCGGAGAUGCUAUCAAGUGGAAUUUCACAAAGUUUCUGGUAGACAAAGAAGGGAAGGUCGUUGCAAGAUAUGCUCCAACGACAUCACCUCUUAAGAUCAAGAAAGACAUACAAAAUCUGUUGGAAUCAGCUUGAGUGAGUGUCCAGGAUAUUGGAAAGCGCCAUCUAAGAACCAUUGUGUAUGUUUAUUGUAUUUUAUUGUAGAACUCAUGCUGUGUAAUUUUAUCUUUUGUGCUUAUAAUGGCAUAUAAACAUAAAAUUAUAAUACUUUUAAAUAAAUGCUGAAAAAUAGGUUCAAACUAUAUACUUUGUGCGUGGGUGCACGUGCGUCGGUAUACUUUUGUGAAGUUGAUUAUUGUAAGUGUCGGGACAAAUUUGAUUGGGAGGUAAAGGAGCAAAAAGAUGAGGAUUCUUUA